CAGAUUUUCAUAUAUAACACAUAACAAGGGAGCCAACAUACUGGUUGGUGCAUCGCUGUGUAUUUUACAAACCCCCCGGAUUUCUUUGCAGUAACAUUCGUGUUGAGCUCAUCAUCCACCAUGAGUGUCAAUGUGAGGUCAAUCAAAGAUGUCACAAAAGCUCUACAGGCGUAUUUCGUGACGCCGAAAGCAUUGCCUUCUCUUCCCAUCGAAUGCCGACGCAUGCUCCAAACUUUCAUCGACGAGAAUCAAGACAAGCUCGACGAGGACAUCACUACCAAAGCGAACCAGGAAUUGAAACGCUUCUGGGAGCGCAAUGUUGCUGACAUUCCGAGAAAGACGGCGGCAUUCGCCGGCGUCCUCCGCGAACUACGAUCGGCCAUCACCAUCGACGAGAACGUUCUGGAGUGGUACGUCUAUGUCAUGAAACCGGUGGUUGGUGAAUCUGGCCAUCGAAAACCUGCCAUCGAGGACGCGCAGGAAUUCCUUUCCAGUGUCAUGAUCUACGAAGAAGACGCGGACAACGCCAAAGAGCGCGCCGAUCUAUCGACGAGAUUGUGGAACGAUCUCACGACCAUCUACCUUCAACGCACGAAAGGGCUCAGCGACGAAGACGCAUUCGUCGCGCCCGAGAACGCUCAAGUCGCACAACAAGUCGAGCUCAUUCUCCUCGCAUACGGUCGCAAAAUGCCCGAACGCUUCUUCAACGCCAUCGCAGAGCUCGUCGUCAACCCCGAAUCUCGAAUUCAAGGUCUAGCGCUUCUCAGCUCAUUCUUGCGUACACAAACACCGCAUCUCUAUCGCGUCCUCGGCACGCCGUUAGUCGAUCACCUCCUGAAAUGCCUGAUGAACGACACUUCCACCACUGUUUUGUCGAUGGCUUUGACGUCGCUCAUAAUGCUUCUGCCUCACAUUCCUGCCUCCUUGGCCUCAAAUCUCCCGCGACUUUUCCUCAUUUACAGCCGCCUUCUCUGCUGGGAGAAGUUCUCUCCGUUGAGUACCGAAUCUCAACGUGAACUGGUCACUGAUGACCGCAUCGCUGACUCUGAUGAGGACGAGCGUGACGACAUUGGUGUGGACCCAAACUGGAGGAAGUUCCGAUCUAAGCCCGGCCUUGUGGAGGCUACCACACCCGAGGUCAUGACCCUCUUCACAUACCUCUACGGUCUGUAUCCGCUAAACUUUAUGAGUUACAUCCGGAAACCACGCAAAUAUCUCAAGAAUGUCGACUUCCCUGGCGCAGAUGAUUUCGAUCUUGAUCAGACCGUGAUCCGCAGCAGAAGUGACCAGUUCCGCCAAGUCCAUAUCUUACAUCCAAAUUUCUACAAUCUGACCAUCGAUGAAGAACUGGCGGAUCCGAAAUGGCCCAAGAUGGAACCUGCUGAUGUCGUUGCCGAUUGUCAUGGAUUCUGUAUGAACUUGCGAUCUCCGCACACGCACAUGACUCCUGGACCCCCGCCGAACGCGAGACUACCCGAUCUGCCUCCCAUCUCGGAUAGGAUUCAAGGUACACUAUCUCCAACAAUGAGCCACACUAGCCUACGCUCUUUCAAUAGCUGGAAAGACACGGCGACUGCCAUCUCCGGCGAUGCUGGAACAGGCGCGCAGAGUGUCCUCUCCGAUAAUGAUGUCUCCGUUGAGCCAUUGCGACUCCGAGCGAAGUCUGACGUUUCGAUCGUCAAAAGCGGACCGACGAUUGAUGAUUUCCCUCCUGUUCCUGCGAUGCGUGCUGAUGGCCCUCCGCCUGCAACAAAUCUCGCGUUCCUGCAGCGGGAGCUCACCCUUCUUCGCAACGAGCUCAACUUCGAGCGCUGGCAUAAGGCUCAAUAUUCACAACAUAUUGGUCAGCUGAUGCGGAAGAACGUGAAAGACGCGACGGUCGAGGCGGAGACCCUCAAUCUCAUCAACGCGAACCGGACACUCAAACAACAACUUGAGCAAGUCCACAACGCCCGUGAGGCGACCCUCAAGGACUCUGCCCUCACGAGGAAGCAGGUCAACAACCUCGAGGCGAACAUGGCGGAGCGAUUGCAAAAGCUGAAGAAAGAACAAGAGGUCUGGACUGCCGAUGCCGACGAGCUCCGGCGACUCCGCGCGGAGAUGAAGCAGUAUCGCGAUCUGCUCUCUGCUGCCGAGGCACGGGAACUCGAUCAAACGCAUCGAGUGGAAAUCAUGAAAAGGGACAUGGAGUCUUGGGAGAAGCUCAACAACGACCUACAAGAGGCUAAGGGCAAGGUCCGAGAACUGCAGUACAAAGAGUUUGACUACGACACCGCGAAGCGAGAAGUCGAGCUGCUCACGAGCGAGAAACAAAACCUGCACAUGCGGUUACAACGACACGAACAAGAGCGGGAUCGUAUGCGAAAGAUUCAUUCCGACAGGAUCGCCGAGCUUGAAGCACAGGCCUUCUCCGCGCAGAACCCUCGUCGCGGCAGUACUUUCCCAGGCUCCGACGCACAAGCCGCCAUCGCCGAAGCAAACAACAAACUGGCCCAGCUCAAGAAAGCCCACUCCCGUCUCCUCGACAAAUACACCGACCUCGAGCUCGAAUACAGUUCCGUCAAGAGCCAGCUCGACGAGCUCCAAGGCAUCGACACCCACUCCAUGUAUCCCAGCGUCAGCCGCCGCAACAGCAUCGCCGUCGACUCCACCAUGAGCGGCGCCCUCCUCGAGAAAUACCCGGGCAAGACCCCCAUCGGCAUCCUCGAAAGCGUCUACGACAUCUCCAGCGACGACAACGCCGGCCCGGACGCCCUCGCCAAAUACACCAGCACCAGCGACCCGACCUCCCGCCGCGCCCCGCACCACCACGGCCCCGGCAGCGGCGGCGGCGCCGCCGUCCCCGGCCCCUCCACCACCAACCUCCUCCCCGCCUCCCCGCCCCGCAGCGAAACCACCGCGACACCCCACCAGGCCCCGACCAAAUCCGGCUCCAUCAACGGCGGCCUCUCCUGGAAACCCUCCCUCACACCCCAGCACCACCAGCAGCGGCACGAGCGCAUCGAUAGCACGACCUCCUCCUCCCGCGACUCCUCCUCCCCCUUCGGCGGCUUCAACCAGACGAAACCUCUCACCGCCGACGAGCGCAGCAUGACGGAUUACGAUCGCAGUACAGAUGGGCGAGGGUUCGGCUUGGCGGCGGUCGGGUCGGCGAACGACCACCGCAGGAGCGCCGCGGUGCCUCCCCCGCCGAAGAUCAAACCGCAGAGCGAGGUGCGGGUCUAUGGCCGAGGUACGUUUGAAAUUGCUCCCCCCCUCUUUGAAUCUUCGCUGUAGAUAUCCCGCUGACCCAUCUCUCCUCUUUU